AUGCUCCAGUCGAAAUCUCUGCAGGAAGAUGCCUCGGAACACCAGCACUUCCAACAACAACAACCCUCUCACGCCAACUCUCUUCAACACCUCCAGCGACAGCAGCAGCGCGAUUUGCGACGACAGCAACGACGUCGCCGUUUUUCGUCAACGUCAUCGUGGCUGUCCGGCAUCCCGCAGACCACACCGGAAGAUGACGUCAUCGGAUCCGAGAGGGUCAUCAUCAACGUAAGCGGAAUGAGAUUUGAAACUCAGUUGAAAACCCUGGAACAGUUUCCGGACACUCUACUCGGGGAUGCUGCCAAACGAAGCGUCCAUUUCGACUUUUCCAGGAAUGAGUACUUCUUCGAUCGGAACCGCCCAAGCUUUGACGCCAUCUUGUAUUACUACCAAAGUGGCGGUCGUCUGAGAAGGCCAGUGAACGUGCCACUGGAUAUUUUCAUGGAGGAGAUCAAAUUCUACCAGCUGAGUGAUGACGCCAUAGCCCAGUACAAAGAAGAUGAAGGUUUUGUGAAGGAGGAAGAGAAGCCGAUGCCCGCAAAUCAGUUUCAAAGAAAAGUUUGGCUGUUGUUUGAGUAUCCAGAGAGUUCUUUAGCUGCUAGAAUUAUCGCCAUCCUGUCUGUUAUUGUUAUUUUGUUGUCGAUUGUCAUUUUCUGUUUGGAAACUGUGCCGGGCCUGAAGCACACCACAAUUAAAAAUGUCACCUCGUUAAACGCGUCCAAUCCGGAUUUUGACGAGAAAGUAGAGAUAGAAACGUUCACGGACACAUUUUUCAUCAUUGAGACUUGCUGCAUAGUUUGGUUCACCUUUGAAAUUUCAGUUCGUUUUUUUGCAUCACCCAAUCAUUUAUUAUUUUUUAAAAACAUGAUGAACCUUAUAGACUUGCUGGCCAUAGUUCCAUAUUUCAUAACACUCGCCACCAUGUUCGCAACCGAGCACAAGACGAGCAGCCAGGCGAUGUCGCUUGCAAUCUUAAGAGUCAUAAGACUUGUGCGAGUCUUCCGAAUAUUCAAGUUGUCUCGACAUUCUAAAGGCUUGCAAAUACUCGGCCAGACGAUCAGAGCCAGUAUGCGUGAACUAGGCUUGCUUAUAUUUUUUCUCCUCAUCUGUGUUAUUCUUUUUUCAAGUGCAGUAUUUUUCGCGGAAGCCGAAACUCCCGACACGCAAUUUACUAGCAUUCCUGACGCUUUCUGGUGGGCCGUUGUGACGAUGACCACGGUUGGGUACGGAGACAUGCGGCCCAUAAGUCCAUGGGGUAAAUUAGUGGGGUCGCUGUGUGCCAUCGCUGGCGUGCUGACCAUCGCCCUGCCAGUGCCUGUGAUUGUUUCCAACUUCAACUACUUCUACCAUCGAGAAACAGACAACGAGGACAAUCAGAUCUACACGCACGUUCAAAGUUGUCCUAAUUUUUCCGCCAGUGCAUCGCGGUUGCCGUCGUCGAAGAAAAACAACAGCGCCGAAGAAGACGACCAAGAGAAGAAGCAGUUG